AUGCAGGGGCGCAGCAGGGACGCCACCACCGUUGCGGCAGCGGUGGUGUGCGCAGCUGUGCUGCUGCUCGGCGACGCCUGGGCCGUCUCCGCGCAGCAGGCGGCGGCGGCGGCGGCUGCGGCGGAGGACAAGAUAAGCGCGCUGCCGGGGCAGCCGCCGGUGGGCUUCGCACAGUACUCCGGUUACAUCCCGGUGGACGCCGCGGGGAAGCGCUCGCUCUUCUACUACUUCGCCGAGGCGGAGGCGGAUCCGGCGGCCAAGCCGCUCGUGCUCUGGCUCAAUGGAGGGCCUGGCUGUUCAUCCGUGGGAGUGGGGGCGUUCUCAGAGAAUGGGCCGUUCAGGCCUAGUGGCAAUGCGCUAACAAGGAAUGAGUAUAGCUGGAACAAAGAGGCCAAUAUGCUGUAUUUGGAGAGCCCUGCAGGGGUUGGCUUCUCCUAUUCCACUGAUCCUACCUUCUAUGAGGGUGUUGGUGACAGCAUGACAGCCAGAGACAAUUUGAAGUUCUUGCAAGGCUGGUUUGCCAAGUUCCCGCAGUACAAGGGCAGGGACCUGUAUAUUACAGGAGAGAGCUAUGCUGGCCACUACGUUCCACAAUUAGCCCAGCGCAUGGUUGAGUUCAACAAGGAGAAGCUAUUCAAUCUGAAAGGCAUUGCUCUUGGCAAUCCGGUGCUGGAAUUCUCCACGGAUUUCAACUCGCGGGCCGAGUUCUUCUGGUCGCACGGCCUGAUAUCGGAUUCCACCUACAACAUCUUCACGACGGUGUGCAACUACUCGCGGUACGUGAGCGAGUACUACCACGGCUCCCUGAGCACGGCCUGUGACAGGGUGAUGAGCCAGGUGACGAGGGAGACCAGCAGGUUCGUCGACAAGUACGACGUCACCCUGGACGUCUGCAUCUCGUCGGUGCUCAUGCAGUCCCAGAUCCUCGCCCCGCAGCAAGGGAGCAGGGAGCUGGACGUGUGCGUAGAGGACGAGACGAUGAACUACCUCAACCGGAAGGACGUGCAGCAAGCCAUGCACGCGCGCCUCACAAACGGCGUGCAGAGGUGGACGAUUGACGGACGCUGCAAUGCAAUCUUUGGUGGGGUUGAUGGAUAUGAAUAUGAUAACAGUGUUCUGGAGUACAAGCAGCUGGACCUGCAGAUCCCGACCGUCAACAUCGUGGGCGCGCUGGUGAAGUCGGGCAUCCCCGUGCUGGUGUACAGCGGCGACCAGGACUCGGUCAUCCCGCUGACGGGCAGCAGGACCCUGGUGAACCGGCUGGCGAGCAGGCUCCGGCUCAACACCACGGCGCCGUACCGGGCCUGGUUCCAGGGGAAGCAGGUGGGCGGGUGGACGCAGGUGUUCGGCGGCGGCGCGCUGUCCUUCGCCACGGUGCGCGGCGCCUCCCACGAGGCGCCCUUCUCGCAACCGGAGCGCUCACUCGGCCUCUUCAGGGCCUUCCUCGCCGGACAGCAGCUGCCGGAAUCGUUCCAGUGA